AUUGCAUGCUGUAGCAUUGCUAUUUGCAUGUGACUUACUUUCCCAUGACUACUUGAGAGAUUCAUCUUUUUUACGCUUGAAGAUGACGGAUACCAUGUUCUUUGUUAAGCAUAAGAAAUAUCCGUUGUUAUACGAUCUUUUACCACACAACGCCGGAGAAGUGUGUCGUCCGGUGUGUUAGCGAAAAAUUUCUCUUGAGUGCCCACCAAGUGAGAUACAUGAAUGUCCAGUUUCAAUUAUUUUUUCUGCGGUUUACUAAAGCAUACAGUACUGUGGUUGCUGUUAUAAGCGUUUUCACGCUCUAAUGUUUAUACACCCUUGCAUGACGGAGGCAUUUAUCUGUUUGCCAAUCCUUUCGGUAAAGACUAUUAAGUGUGCAGAUUAACACAGUUAUAUUUCCACAAUUUUCCUUUGAGGCUUCUGCGUCAGGGCUGAUUCAUUUUCAAAGCGAAAAACACCCUUUCUUUCAUGACAUAUACCGGCUCGUACUUGUGGAAUACGCAUGUGUGGCACGGCUGCGGAUGAUGCUUAUAUUGCGUAAUCACCAAUACGUUGCAAAAUUGUCGUCUUUCGUGCUGUUUUCUUACUGAUGAUACUCGCCACAGUUAACUGCAUUCGGAUGUAAAUAUUCCCCUAAUCCACAGGAAUGAUUCGUAUCAAGGAUUUUGGCGUAUUGAUCUUUACGCUAAUAGCAGUUUCAGUAACCGAUGCCAGCGGGGAAGCCUUACUAUGUGCUGGAUCACCGCGGAUUAUUGAAAGUUCUCCCAGAAGCCACUGGGGAUACAUUGCAUCACCUAAUCAUGCCAAAUCAUAUCCAGCUGAGCAUAUGCAAUGCACGUUUAAAUUUUUACCGAAGGCAGAUGAACAAAUUCAGCUAACGUUUACUUACUUUAAUCUUCGGGAAUCCGACAAAUUCCCAGCAUCGCUAAACUGCGACUUGUCGGACUCUGUCAAGAUUUUCGUGGGCACCAACAGUCGGCCCACUUCCGAUCCCGGAAAUCAGAUCGGGGAAUACUGUGGUCGCAAGCAACCUGAGGUAGUUAUGGCCGUUGGACCAAGACCUUUGACCGUCUUGUUUACCGUACGGGCAAAGGAAAAUCCUAAUAUAAGCUCGGUGUACAUGUUUAAAGCCAAGUACACAUUCCUUAAGGAUUAUGGAUUAAGCAAAACGAUUGCACAACAAAACCGCACAGCAGGAUGUCAUUUCAUAUAUGAUGGAAGGAGAGUGCCGGCCACUGGAACCUUUGAAAGCCCAAAUUUUGGAGGAUAUUAUCCGUUUUCCACCAACUGUAUUUACACAUUUAGAUCAUUUAACAAUCAAAGCCUUCGACUGCGAUUUAACACAUUUGAAGUGGAAGGACAACAAGAUUGUCGACGAUCGGAUGACGAUAUAUUGCAGAUUAAAGAGGGCGAAUAUGACUGGAAAGAGUUUGCUGCUCCGGCCGAAGAGGAUCCGGCAAAACGGCAGUCCAACAGCCAGCUAUAUUGUGGCUACAAAUCCCCACCGGAGCUCAAUUCUAAGAGCAAUGUUGUUAAUGUAAUUUUUAAAUCCGGACAAUGGCGGACGAAGCUUGGUUUCCAAGGGACUUACACCUUCUUCGGGCAUCCAGGAAUUUAUCUCCCGGCUAGCUCCUCUCGAAAUGGAUACGACAUGGUUCUAUUAACAUCCUUCCUAAUUGUUGUGCUGGUUCUGUGGAACGCGAACAAGUAACAUGCUAUCAAGAGUCAAUUGCAAGAUGACCAUUCCACUCCGAUGUCUGCACAAUCCAAUUUGCUGCGCUGAGCCGGCGUUGUGAAAAAUUGAUAUCUGGUUAGCAUUCCAUCUGGUUGGUAUCCCAAAGAGGAUACAAAAUCAAAGGUAUUAGUAUUCUUUUUGUGGACAAAUCAAAAAGCAUUUACAGCGCCACUCGGUUUUCCAAACCCGUUUGGUUGUCUGCUCUCUCUGAUGCUCCUCUACGUUUCGGUCUCCUAAUUUGAUGCCUCAUUAUAUAUAUAUUUAUACGUAGCCAAAGUUUUAUCCUUUUGUCAAGUGUGUUUGAAUAAGCAUUUUCCCCCAUUACGUUGAUUGAUUGUAAGUGGACUUCCCGGUGACAAAAGGGUGACUUCCCGUAUCUGAUGGUUAUACCAACAACGAACGCCCAAACGGAUGUGUCACUGAUGUGUGUCAGUCUUGUCAUAAAUUUUGUAUGUGUUUUUGUAUAAGUGUUUCCUGUCUCAAAAUUGUCUGUGGUUUGUUCUGACAAAUUCCAAGCUAAUUUUGUAGAAUAAAGUUUCAUC